UGGAUGUCGAUAUUUUUGGGGCACAACGAUGUGCAGCUGUGCCGUGUGCGUGUGCGACCGCGUGCCCGAUAGGCGACGAGAUGUGACGCGAGACGACCGCCCCGGCGACGAUUAUUCCGUUUCAACACGUAGAGAGAAGCGUGGCCAGUACGGGCAGAGAAGGAGAGAAGGAGGGAGAGAGAGAAAGGAAGAGAGAGACACACGCGUACACACACGGACAACACGAUUGCGAUCAUUGCGAUCGGUCUUGAACGAGAAGCGAGAAGCGAGAAGUGGAUGCCUACAUACGAUAAGGUCCGUUUGUUGUGUUGGUUCGUCAUACGUCGCGUGGAACGCUCUUCUUCUACUAGGGUCGCCGUAGUUCGAUUGUACGUGUAAAGUUGAUCGCCGGCCCAUAGGUAACGAUGGAGCUCAACGCUGGUGCGGGAACGUCCGUCGGGGCCGUGGCCUGUCCCGUGUGUACCCUGUAUUUGCGCGAGGGCAUCAGUCUGCAGAAGCAUUUGGAUACUCAUCCCAAGGAACAGGUUAUAGAUGCUCUCAUCAAAGCCAGUACCCCCUCGUUACAGACACAACAGCAACAGCAGCACCAGCAGCAGCAUGCUGCUUUAUCGGCAUCAACAGCAACAUCAUUACCAUUAUCACUGCAGGCACAAGCUGCGCUUCAGACUCCUACCUCCAUCCAAGCGCCCCAUACGUCCUCCCAAGUCUCGCAGAACGCGCAUAUUUCUACUCACUCUCCGUAUCCCGUAGGACCCAUUUUUGAAUGUCCGCCCAUAAGUACCAUGAUGCCACCGCAGUUCACCUCAUUCAGCUAUCAGCAAUUCGUGAACAAUGGGACCAUGAUGAUACCGCAGUACGCGAUGGCGCCGCAAGCCAAUCAGAUGAUGCAGAUGCUGUAUAAUCCAUACGGUAUGUACCAACAGCAAAUACCCACCGUCCAAAUGAUCUCACCAGUUGCAGCUGUUCCUGGCGCAACGACGAGGAUUCGGCCAGUGGUUACUAUAGCUGGUGAGAGCAACGUCAGAACACUGACGGUUCCUGUAAAUAGUCCCGAGCCGAAACAGAUUCUACCUGAGAUUUUGCCGGAGACGGAGCCCGAAUCAGGACAAGUUAUUCCGGAUGUAAGCCUCUCGGCAUCGCCCGUGCUUCACAACGAGGAUACAUCCAUUAGAGCGAGGGAAGAGAGCGACAACAGCGCGCUGUCAAUCGAUCACCGGGGACAGCAAGCACAGAGUUCUACAUCAGCCGACGAGAGCACCGUGCACGAAUACAAUGCUAUUUCUAGAUCUAUUACAAUCUCUUGCGCUAUUGAUAACACCGAUGAGAAAGUGGAAAGUGUAUUGCCAGACAUGGUGGACGAUGAGCCAUCAAAUAAUAUUUCGACUACAGACUUACAGUGUAAAUCUGCAACAUACGAGCAACCAGAAACACAACAGUUUACACAGCAGGUCAUCGAAGAGGGAUACGUGAAUGUAUCCGAUAGAAUGACACCCACAAUUGACAUUGAGUCCGUGGUUUGCGAACAUGACUCGGAAAUGAUAUGUGACGAUAGACCCGCAAGUCGCAGCAGCAACGUGAACGAUAAUGUUGAAUCACCGCGGGAUCUAGUAGCAAUAGAUACAUUGAAAGACUCUGUUCAAUCCGAGUUUAAUUCAACAGAAAAAUUAGAGAAUUUGAUAACCAUAAUGGAAACGGAGCUCAAUAAUGCUUCUCUUCAGAAAGAAAGUGAUAUACAAAACGAUCAGGAAAAAUUGGCGGACGUAAAAGAAAAAACCACUGUAGAUAGAGAGGAGAGCGUGAUUUACGAUACAGUAGUCAUUUCGGAUUCCCACGAGAAGGAUCAUCACAUAUUGUCCGACGUGCACGAAGGGAACAAGUGGGACUCGAGCAAUUCCUUGACUAACGAACUGAGAUUGUUAGAAAAAACUUGUUCGUCACAUACAAUAGACUGCUCGAAAAUGAAUGAAGCGCUGGACAGACUGCAAAGAACUUUUCAUUCUAAUAAUUAUAAAUAUAGUUUUUCAGCUCCUGCGUCUCCAAUCGCGAGAAGGAAGAGUCGCAAGGUCGUCCGUCGUUAUAGCUCGCGAUCGGAGCAUGGAUCGUGCGAAAAUCUCAGUGUGUAUCGUCUCCGUGCUGAUUUCGACGACACCGCGGCCAUGCACGACGACGACGACGACGAUGACGACGACGAGGACGACGAGGAUGUUGACGAGGACGAGAAGAUUGACGAGGAGGACAAUUUUGACGAGGCGGACAUGGAGAUCGAAGAGAUUCCCAGUCCUCACACGCCUUUCGCGGAUUGUGGCGUGAGAUCGCACACCCCGUUGUCCACGAUCAGUGGCAUUUCCGUGUUAAGAGUUAGAAAGGAUCUCAGCAAGCCAUGCUCACCCACGUCCAUGCAUUCGUUUCAUCACGUGGACAGCGAUAGCGCAACUCACGACGAGGAUAGUAAUGGUGUAGGUAACGCCGCGGAGAAAGAUCCGAUCGACUGUUCACAGGUAGACGAGGAGAAAAUUAAGACUGAUAAUCAGCGUCAGGAGACGCAGGUGGCGGUGUGCGAAAGUGUCGCAAAGAUUCAAGAAUCGAGCAGCAGUUACGCGUACCAUCAAUCAGUGAUAACCGAACACAUUAGUUCAUUUCCCGUGAUACAUUCACAGUCAUCCGUCUUGAUGCACGAGUCAUAUUCCAUUACGACCAGCACCAAGACUCAAAACCUCUUGAAUCUCUCCGAAUCAAUAAAUCCCACAACCAGUACCGAAUCCAGAAGCUUUCACUCCGCCAAAUCAUUGAUGCCGAAGCAAUCGAUGGAACUGCUCAAUAUAAAUGAAGAUGCUCACGCCGGGCCAAUGAAUGUCUUUGAAUUCGACGGACUCCAAAUAUUAGUUCCUAGUACAUUUAUAAGUGACUCGUCCCAGAAAGCGGUGAGUGCGACCAGCCAGCAAUCUAUGGCAAGUAGCGAGGGUGCAAUAGGUAUCGACGAGGAGGUGAAGAGUAUUAAUAUGCGUGCCGAUGAGACUAUGCCGCCUAGGGGCGAAUUAUCAGAACAAGAGAGUAAUGGAUGCACAGAGCAGUCUGCAUGGCAGUUGUACAUGGGUCAAGAAUCUUCGCGUAUGUCCACCUCUUACGAUCUGUUGGCUCGAGAAAGCUGGGAAGAAUCGGAAGGCUCUGAUAACGAAAUCAGCGGGCCAUUGUUGGACAGUAGAUCGUUGGCCACACACUUUACUUCGAGUUUGUUUCUGGAUCGGGAUCGGAAGACACCGACCAAACGAACAUUCAAGUGUUCCCACUGUAGCGAAGUAUUUGAUUGUCCGAAGGAACGUAGAGUUCAUAGCACAACGGUGCAUAAGGAUGCAAUGCCCAGUAGUAGCAGAGAUCAGUUGGAUCAGCCAGAAGUGAAGGACAUCAAGUUGCUGGAUAGUCGCAUGAAUAUGUUCGACGAUAUAUUCAUGCCGAGUAUACAUAUGCAACAGCACAUGUAUCAUCAUCAGCAACCGAUGUUACACCAGCUGCAGCCACCGUCACAGCCUGGAGCAGACGGUUUGACGAAGGCCGAGGCCGACCAGAAGAUCGGCGAGAAUCUAGUGAUACCGUCGAACAUUGAGGUGGUCUGCACGAUAUGCAAUCAGCGAUUCAAUAGCGAGAAGUCUUUGCAGGCGCAUCACCGACGCAUGCAUAUCGCCGACGUGAACAAACGCAUACGCGAGACCGCCAAGUGCCAGAUAUGUAACGAGGAAUUUCCAUCAGUGUUCCUGUUCAACGCUCACUUGAAGAUACAUCCGUUAGAGUGCGGACAGUGCGGCAAGUAUUUUUAUCGCAAGCAGAAUUUCAAGCUUCACAUGAAACGUCACCUGGGCAUCAAACCGUUCCCGUGUACCGUGUGCGACAAGGCGUUCCUCACCAAGCAAAAGCUAGAGGAGCACACCAAUGGCCACACCGGCAACGCGCCCGUCAGGUGUAGUCUAUGCAAUGAAACUUUCCGCAGAUAUUCGAAUUUGACCCAGCACAAAAACAGGCACCACCUCAACAUCAAGAAGAAGCUCAAAGAUUAUAUAUGCCACUGCGGCGAAGUGUUCCACACGAAGAAGAAGCUUGCCUGGCACAAGGAGACGCAUGAUGAGAAGCCCAAGGCGUGUACGUAUUGCAAUGAGCGAUUUAUCCACAUGGCCAGCCUGACGCGUCAUAUGCGUCGCGCCCACAAUCGUCGAUUCGUUCCCGACGCUCAGCGCGAAAGCGAGAACGUCGAGUGCCCGAUCUGUAAGUGUAUCUACCUGCGAUCGUCGCUGGCGGUACAUAUGCGUGUGCACAACGGCGAGCGGCCGUACGAAUGUCAGGUCUGCUCCAAGGCGUUCAGCACCAAGUGGAAUCUACAGCUACACAAGUGGACGCACGCGGCGCGCAGCACCAAGCCGUUCAAAUGUAACCAAUGCAGCGCGGCGUUCUACCGUCAUAGCGACUACACGGCGCACAUGAAUUCCCAUCGGAACGUGCGGCCGUACACGUGCAACUACUGCGGCGCGCAGUUCAUCCGCAAGUACAACUGUCUACGACACGUGAAGGAGCACGAGGAGAACAAAGCGUACACGUGCGACGUGUGCAACAAGACCUUCCACCGCUCGUACUAUCUCAAAGAGCAUUUGCGGGUGCACUCGGGCGCGCGACCGUACACGUGUCACAUCUGCGGCAAGUCCAGCGGCACCAAAUCCAAUCACAACAAGCACGUGCGAAUUCAUCAUGCGCGCGAGCCUGUAAAUACCGAGAAUUGAAUAAGAAUCCCCAGAUCAUCUAUCGUUCUGCCACGUUCAUUUGGCGCUCUCAUUGUUGCAGUCGGGACGAGUUGAACGACUCAGCGCGAUCGCUCGCGCUGUACUUAUAGCGAGAUUACAGCGUACAGUUCUCAGGAAACUGGAACUAUACUUUUACAUUUUGAUCGGGUAUUGAUGGAAUAUAUGGGUAUUGACGAGUUUUCCCUAGGACCACAAUGUAAGAAUACAAGGUGCUUUUACUCACAUUUCUACUAGAAAAUUGCGAUCAAACUGAGGAAGUUAAGACACAUAAAAUGGCAUAUUGAUCUUAGUACCUCACCUACGAAAUAAAGCUUUCUGUGUGAGGUAUAUUUACUAAUACUAAUACUGCUAUUUAGUAUUAUAGUAGUUUGACCAUAUGCUACCUUGUGUUUAAAUGGAUAACAUCCUCAGGAAAAUCACAGUUAUUUUAUUUUUUUUUUACGUGAGUAAAAAUACCUGCUCUUAUAUAUACCCAUGCUUCACGCUCCGUGGACGCUUUUCCACGUGCCUGUGGUAUGUUAGAAGCUGAACUCGUCGAAGUUGUAACAACGGUGUUAAUCCUAGUUUUGAACCGGUUUUCGAACUGGCUUGGUUCAACUUGAAUUCUACGUGGGACAGUUACGCUAACUGGUUAGCAAUUCGCUGUCCUCUUCUAAAUUAUAUAGCUACAAUUACCGUCGGUACUACGAAAUUUAGUUAAGAUUAUUUAGCGCCGAUCGACGUACAGAUAACGACAAUCGACGUUUCCAUUGUACUCGAUCGGAGAGACACGUAUGCGUGUUCACAGAGGAAAAUAUUUAACGAAUAUGUACGGCUGUACGCGUAUACGCGCAGAUGACAAUGAAAACAAUUAAGUCGUCGUAACGGUAUUCGAGUGCUGAGUCUAAAGCACUGGGUCUACUGUUAAAGAGUUUUUAUUCGAUUUCGUAUAUACGAGUAUACACUAUGUUAUACAC